GAUGGAAGCAGGAGGAACAUCAGGCCCGAGGCUGACACACACUGACAUGACCUCUCCAUCUGGCUGUUUAACCUAAUGUGAACCUCCUGACGGCUGAGCCAGGACGGAUGACCGACCGUCGGGACUGAGAUCCAGCAGAAGUUGGAGGGAGUUCGCGAUGGAUAUAUACAAAUGUUUGAGCGUACUUUUCUUCACUCUUCCUCCACAAGUUUGUUCCCAGGUUGGCCCUCGUGCCCACGCUGAGGAGAAGCUGCUUCAGGAUCUGUUUGCAAAUUACAAUAAGCUUUCCCGGCCUGUGGAAAACACUUCAGACACAGUGCUGGUCCACUUUGGACUGUCUAUUGCCCAGCUUAUUGAUGUGGACGAGAAGAACCAGAUGAUGACCACGAACGUCUGGGUCAAGCAAGAAUGGAACGAUUACAAACUCCGCUGGAACCCGGAGGAUUAUGAAAACGUCACCUCCAUCCGGAUUCCCUCAGAGCUCAUCUGGAGACCCGACAUUGUCCUCUACAACAACGCUGAUGGCGACUUUGCUGUAACUCACCUCACGAAGGCACAUCUGUUCCAUGACGGCAGGAUAAAGUGGAUGCCGCCGGCCAUUUACAAGUCUUCGUGCAGCAUAGACGUCACCUUUUUCCCUUUUGACCAGCAGAGCUGCAAGAUGAAGUUCGGCUCGUGGACGUACGACCGCGCCAAGAUCGACCUGAUCAGCAUGGCGGGUGACGUUGACCAGAUGGACUACUGGGAGAGCGGCGAGUGGGUCAUUGUCAAUGCAGUGGGCAAGUACAACACCAAGAAGUACGAGUGCUGCACGGAGAUCUACGCGGACAUUACGUACUACUUCAUCAUCCGGAGGCUUCCGUUGUUCUACACCAUCAACCUCAUCAUCCCCUGUCUUCUCAUCUCCUGUUUGACAGUGCUGGUGUUUUAUUUACCAUCACAGUGUGGAGAAAAGAUCACCUUGUGUAUAUCGGUGUUACUGUCCUUAACUGUGUUCCUCCUACUGAUCACAGAGAUUAUACCGUCUACAUCUCUGGUGAUUCCGCUGAUCGGUGAAUAUCUGCUGUUCACCAUGGUCUUUGUCACGCUUUCCAUUAUAAUCACCGUCUUUGUGUUGAACGUACACCACCGAUCGCCACAAACCCACGGCAUGCCUCACUGGGUGCGGAGAGUGUUCUUGGACAUGGUGCCUCGAGUCCUCUUCAUGAAGCGUCCGCCAGGCACGGCCAAGCAGCACUGCAAGAAGCUCAUUGAGAUGAUGCACCGGCCUCCCACCAUAUCGGCAACGGGCAACUCGCAGGCCUUUUGGUCAGGGCUAGAGACGGGGUUGAGACAGAUGAGCCAGAUGGAGAAUCCCAAACAGCUCCCAAAGACUCCAUCCGACAGUCCAAACAUUCUCGUCUGCUCGCCUUCUCCGCCUUCUUCCCCUCACGAGAAACGAAAUGAGAACGAUCACCCGCUGAAGGCCAACAUUUUCUGCCGGUCUCCAUCCGGUCAGUAUUCAGUCCUCUCAGAGAAACAACCGCUGCGUGGACACAACUCCGCAGCCUCGUCUUCUUCUCAAUUGUCCUUGCCCCCGUCUUUGCCCCUGGGCCCACUCCGCAGCCUGUCCAUAGAAGAACCGAACGCACUCGCCCCAAACGGCCGCUCCCUCAGUGUGGAGCAAAUGUGUGACCAACAGAAGGAACUUCCUCUGAGACCUGGGCAUCGCUGUCGCUCGCACAGCUUCCAGUACUGCUGUCUGCAUGACGAAGGGCCCGGGCUCAUGGCGAUUGCAGGGUGGAUGAAGAAACAAGCCGCUGCUGAUCACCAAGCAGAACCCCUCACAGUGGACUCUACUAAAGAUGCGAGUACUCAACAGGACAUAGUGGUUCCAACUAUUUCCCCAGCUAUGCAACGAGCCAUAGAGGGAGUUCAGUACGUCGCUGAUCAUCUCAGGGCAGAGGACGCAGAUUUUUCAGUGAAGGAGGACUGGAAGUAUGUGGCCAUGGUCAUUGACAGGAUAUUCCUCUGGAUGUUUGUACUGGUGUGCAUACUGGGAUCUGUGGGACUCUUUCUUCCUCCUUGGCUGGCUGGAAUGAUCUAGAAUCUCACCACUAAAGGACAGGAAGUCCAUGAACACUGACAGGAAGACACACUGUCUUAUCUUGGAGAAAAAAAAGAAAGAAUAGUUUGUCAUUUCUCUUUUGAUUUUCCAUUUUUCAAAUAAACUACAAGUCACGCUGCUUGGUCUUGCCCCAGGUUAUCGAAAGGUUAUUUACGGAGAACUAGGAUGAAAUAUCUCUCAUUGAUUCCAGCGGGCAUAUAAAUUCUUUAUGAGGGCAAAAGGCCAACAGCGAAAAUAUCCUUCAACACCACUCCAUCCUGACAUUGAGCUGGAUAGCUCAUUCUGUACCCUUCAUGAAAAAACAGAAGAGUUUGACUCACUUACAAGUGCAGAAAACAACACAAACAAAACAAACAAGACUCAGGAAAAGAUUUUUUUCCCCUGACAGGGUCAGAUGUUUAUAAGACUGUAUAAGGUUUGGUUUGAAUCUCAAUUCCAACAUUCCCAGUGCAAUGUCACUGUUAUAGCAUCCUGGCAAUGUUCAUACAAUAUUCAAGUUUCAGUGGAACCGGAUUUGUCAGAAUUCAGAAGGAUUUUUGGGAAGGAGUUGUUUAUGUGUGCUCAGGUGUGAUGUUUUUUCUUUUCUUUUUCGCAAUGGUCACUGCUUAGGUAAGUAUGACAGUGUAUUAGGGACAAGUAUGAAAAAAAUAAAAUUCCGACCCGGGAGAGGGGGGUCAUAUUUCGAGAAAAAAGUCACAAAUUUAUGAGAUUAAAGUGGUAUAUCUACGAGAAAAAAGUAGCAGAUUUAUGAGAUUUAAAAGUGGAAUAUCUACGAGAAUAAAGGAGCAGAUUUAUGAGAUUAUAAGUGACAAAUCUAUGAGAAAAAAGUUUCAGAUUUAUGAGAUUGAGAAAUGGCAAAUCUCAGAGAAAAAAAUCGUAGAAUAUCAGAUUAAAAGCGGCAAAUUUACAAGAAAAAAGUAGCAGAUUUAUGAGAUAAAAAGUGGCAAAUCUCUGAAAAGAAAGUGGCACAUUUUUUUGGAUUAAAAGUGGUAAAUUUACAAGAAAAGGUUGCAGAUUUAUUAGGUUAAAGUGGCAAAUGUACAAGAAAAAAAGUUGCAAAUGUAUUAGAUUAAAGUGGCAAAUCUAGAAGAAAAAAGGAGCAGAUACAUGAUAAAAAAGUGCCAUAUAUGUAACCAGCGAUAUCCUGAUAUCGGUCCGUUGCGUUGUAGUUCCUGAUGCAGAAAAAAACAACACCUCAUCCAAAUUAGUACGGUGUUUUCUUCUGAAUAGGCCCAAUUCACGGCAAUGUCUCUUCAAAGACAUUGCCACUUAUGAUAAUAUGGAGAUUCUGGGCUAAAACCACGAGAACCUCCUUAUUGCUUAAAUCCGAUUGCAAAGUAUAUUUUGAUUAAGUCACUCACUGCAGACAUAUACACAGCAUGCGGCAGCGUCUGUGGCGAUGUACACUAGCCGUGUUUUUCCUCUUUUUCCUCAUAUAUCUGAUACUGUUUCUCCUAGAUUUGCCAUGUUAAACCUUAUAAAUCUGCUACUUUUUUCUCUUCGAUUUGCCACUUUUAAUCUCAUAAAACUGCUACCUUUCUCUCCUAGAUUUGCCACUUAAAAUCUCAUAAAUUUGCUACUUUUUUCUUGAAGAUUUGCCACUUUUGAUCUCAUAAAUCUGCAAAUUUUUUCUUGUAGAUUUGCCACUUCUACCUUGAAAUAUUACACCCCCCCACAGGUCUGUAUUUUUCUAAAAUUUCAUACUUGACCCUAAUACGCCGUUGUAGGUAAGCAUACAUAGAGCUCCGUGAUUUUCUAAUCCAAGCAGUUAAAUAACACAUCUAUUCAAUUUUUUCUUUUGUUCCUACCACAGCACAUUGGUGUUAACACGGAGCGAUAACUUACUCUCUCCAGUCAUGCGUAACUCUCCCUCCCCUCAACCCCCGCCACCUAAAAAGGCAAGGGCACAUUUAUUCCUUCUUUUUCUAUUGCUUGAUAAAUAGGAGUGGAAUGAUUAGCCUGUUUUUCUUUCCUUUUCUUUUUUUAAGCAUGUUUUUUAAGCUCAUAAUCAUUUAUUUUAGGCAUUGGUAUUAAAGUUAAACAUCAAUAAAUAAAUGCCCCAUUAUUUUUGAAGACAUUUGUAUUAUUAUCUUGAAUAAAGAAAACCCGCCUCUGCUUUGCAUUUGAGACUGUAUGCUGUGCAUUCAGAUCUGACAGGAAUUGGAAUUGGCUUUUAUAGCUGAAGAAAAGAAAGCUGUUUCUCGAUGCAUACAAUGAGCUGAAGGUUUCCGGCAGCGGCAGAGUGGUAGGAGUAAAAGGCUGCUGACGACGUGACUUUUGAAUACUUAAACAAAAGAGAAAAACAUUUUUAUUUAGUGCAACGCCAGCGAGGAAAUGUUUGUGGAAAUGUUAAGAGCAGCAUUAACGUAAGACACCAAUCACCAAGGUAACACAUCUUUUCAAAAUUGUGGCAUAUCUAAAGACAUGUAUGAUUAUUGUUAUACAUAGAAGACUUUAUUAUUGAAUAGAUUCAUAAUGUUGUUAAUAACAUAACAUUCUGUUAACUUGCACGUUAAUGUGAUGCUUUAAUUAAUGUAAAAUGUAAAAUCCUUUCAGUAUUUACAACAGCUUACAAAGAGUGUAAUUUAAACUUCUGUAAACAACUGUUACUAUUCAAACUAUGAAGCAUAGUUUUGCAUAGUGUGAAAUACUGUAUAUGAGUGAAAGUAACUAAUUACAUUUAGUCUUGUUACCGUAG